GGGAUGUCAUCAUUCUCUCGCCAGCCCUCACCCAGCUACCACCACCACCACCACCUCCACCAACCUCCAAUCCUCCGGCACAACCCCCCCCCCAAAAACCCAAAUUCUCGCCAUGGCCUUCCUCCGAGCCGCCGUCAUCCUCGCCUUCGUCGCCUUCGCCUCCGCCUCCGACGCCGCCGCCAACGCCCUCAAGGAGGAGCAGCGCACCAUCUUCAUCGACGGAGGCUCCACCGACAGCUUUGGCGUGACCGACGUCUUCCUGUACAUCGGCACCUUCACCCUGGCCAUCCUCACCACCCUGGCCAUCAUCGGGCUCAUCUACGGCGUGCAGGAGACCGGGUCCACCGGCUACGAGGCCCCCACGGCUGGAUCCUACACUAGCUACGACCACGCCUACCAGGUCGCCAGGGCCCUCUACGACGGCUACAAGAAAUACGAAGAAGCAAGGUCUGCCAACUAAACGAUGAUGGACACGACCACAAGAAAGAAAACGGAAGCGACUGCCUGCGAGAAUCCGUGUGAAUCCUGUUACGCGAACCCCGCCUGCGUGAAUCCGCUUGCAAGAACGGUAUUCCCCUGAGAAUCCGCUUGCAAGUGCUUAGUUCCUGUGAAUUGUUAUGAAUCUGCUUCUUCGAGAAAGCCGUGUUGCUCUAAGAUGCCAUAUAAUAACCUUGGUGUUAUUUAUGUAGUAUUGUUAUAUUUAUUUUAUUUAAAUAGUUUUGUUUGUUGUUGAAUGUUUUGUUAAUAAACUGU